GUUCUGCUCAUCCUGGCACACACUGGUGAAGUGACGGCGGCCUGUCAGUCGGCAGAGCUUGACUUCAUUGUGCAAGCAGGUGAUGCAGUCUUGGCAGCGAUUGAAGAUGAUGUGCGAGCAGACCUGGCGAAGCUGGGAAUCACCGUGAACACCCGCUUCCUCAACAAAGAAGACUUCAACUCGAACAUGACAUCCGGCAACUUCAACCUCUAUGUGCUCCUGGAAGAAAACUUGCAGCAGCGAGAGCAGAAAUGGAAAGACAUUCUGUCAGGUUAUGUGCCGGGGCAACAGCAGUUCGACUAUCCGGUGCACACCUUGCGAGCUCUCAGCGGCAGCACAACGAUAACUGUUGCCCCAGGGGCGCAAACUGGGCUUUUCAGUUCCGUUGGGCGGAUGGAUCCUCACACAUACCGACCAAACGAGUUCUUCGCUAACAAUUGGGUCUACGAGGGUUUGACAAAGUACGGGCCGGAGGGAGUCACUGAGCCAGCACUCGCCGAGUCCUGGACGUUCAGCGAUUUGCCUUCAGGGGGUCAGGAGUAUCGGUUCACUCUCGCGCAGAAUGUGAAGUUCCACGAUGGCUCCGAUUGGAACUGUACGGUCGCCAAGCUGAACUUUGAUCACGUGCUCGCCAAGCCUUUGACGGCAGGGGACGAGCACGGUUGGUACGAUUUGCCAACGCAGAUUGUCUCAUGGAGCUGUGCUGGGGACUAUGAGUUCGUGCUUUCCACCAGGGACAAGUACUACCCACUGCUGCAGGAGCUUACCUACAUCCGGCCGCUGCGAAUGCUUUCCCCUGCCAUGUUUGCCAGCGGCCUCACAACGGAUCCAACCACUGAGAACUCGUGUUAUUCGGCCGGUAGGGUUGUCACAAACUUCGGGGAAACAAUCACGUGCGCAGGCACUCGGGGUGCCUCGGGAACUGGACCGUUCAAGUUCAUCGAAACCCUGGCCAACGGCGAUGUGAGGUUUGACAGGCACAGUGAGUAUUCGGGCGGAGAGCCUCAAAUUGAGCGGAUCAUCCUGAAGAAGUACGACAGCCACUCUGAGGUGAUGGCUGCUCUUUUGGACGGAAGCCUCGAUGCGGUCAUGGGCGCUGGUGUACUUGAGCCAGAAGACUUCCACACCCUCAGCACCACGCACGCUUUCCAAUUCCAGAUGUUUCUAGGCCCACCCAUCAUGAACCGCGUGAUCAUCAUGAAUGCGGCCAAGGCUCCAACCGACAACCUGAACCUUCGGAAGACCAUUAUGCACGCAGUGAACAAGGCAGAAAUUAUCGACAAGGAGCUUUACGGAAUGGCGGCGCCAGUGGACGCGCUCUUCCCCAAGACCUUGCCGUACUGCGACGUGGAUCUCACCCCCCGCUGGGACUACGACCGGGAGAAGGCAGAGCUACUUUGGUGCUCGGAGGCGGCGGCCGAAGAAUCGAGCGGCAGCGUGACGGUGACGGUGCUGGUCAUCGUCAUCGUCGUCGCUGUUGUUGCCGUGGCGGUCGUUGCCUUCUUCUUGUUCAAGCUUGGUAAGAAGCAGGGGGCGGAUGAGCAGAAGUUGCUGCACGCAAAGGCAGCAGGUGAACCUCCAGCUGGGCAGAUGGGCAAAGUCGAUGAGGCUGCAGUCUAG